AUGACUACAACUUUGGGGCCUAAGUUAAAGUUUGUGAUGCCUCCAAAAAAGAUUGUUUUAAAUGAAGAGAUUCUUGAAGGAAAUUAUGAUCUUGAAUUGAGACAAUGGAGUAUUUCAAAAAUGGAACGUAAAGUAAGUUUUGCAUCUUCAACUCUCAUAUUUCUCAGAUAUUCAGAAGAAGAAAUAACACAUUUUAGAUAAAGAUUGAAAAUAUAAUUACAAUGUAGUAUAGAGUCGAUUGAGUCUUCAUAUUUAAAUCCAUAAUUAUGUAGUUUAGGCAAAGUACAUAGAAGGAAGUCUUGCUUCAAGGAAUACGAUGAUCAAUUCAAUUGA